AUGCCGCCGCCCCCGACGCUCCCAACCCUCCCCCACGACCUCCUCCGCCUACUCACCACCCACCUGCCCACCGCCUCCUCCCUCGCCGCGCUCUCGCUCACCUGCCGGUCCCUGCACGCCUUCGUCUCGCUCGAGGGCUGGCGUGUCUUUGUGCGCACGCGUUUCCCGGCGUUUCCUGCCGCGGCGGGCACACCCGCUGAAUGGCGGGCGUGGGCAAGGCAGCAGACGAUUGUUGAGCGCAACUGGCAGCGGCGCGGGUUUGUGGCGGCUGUGGUGGAAGUGCGGUUAUCCAGCGGCAGCGGUGGUGGUGGUUGGCGGCGUGAUGGCAGAGGCGGCGGUGGUGGUGGUGGUGCUGGAGGGAGAGAUGGUAAAUGGGCGCCGAAAGGACGGCAGACGCUCGGCUACGUGCCGGUGCUUGAUCUGUCCGAAGCGUAUGGCGGCGCGGGCGGUGAAGAGGAGACGUUAGUUAUUGGUGCAGGGCCUGACAUUGUUGUGCGGCGGCGAAGCGCGGGGAAGCACACGGUGCGGUGGUGGGGGUUUGAAGACCGGAAAGAGCAGGCGGGGCGGGACGACGUGACGGCGUUGCGGCUGCUGGAGGGCGGUGGCGGUGGCGGUGGCGGUGGCGGGGAGGUGGCGGUGGUGGGGAGGGCGAAUGGACGGUUGGAGGUUGUGGGGCUGGGCACGGCGGGGAGAGAGCCGGGCGGUGUGGGCAGGGCAGAGGUGUUGACGCGGUACGAGACGGGCGGAAGGCAGGUGAAGGAUGUGGCUGUUCUCGGUGGCGGCGGCGGUGGGGGUGAGUCGGCGACGGGGCUUGUGUGUGCUGUUCUCGGCUCUUCCAGCGUGUCGCUGUAUCCGCUGCACCAGCCAGAGGAGGCGGCGAAUGGCGGCCCUGUGGAGGCGGUGUCGAGCAUCGCGUUGGCCGACGUCGGCGGCGGCAUCCCGUGGAAGACGUCGUUCCUUUCGCCGGCGCUCGUGGCGCUUGGAACGACGGGCGCGCAGCCGCUAUCGGUGUUUGCGCUUGCGCGCGAGGGCUUCCGGAGGGACCCUGUGCGCACGUUCUCGGCGUCGCAGUGCGCGGACGUCGAGGCGCUCGGCGUGUAUGCGCUUGCGCCCAUCUCGGGGAGCGGGAAUGUGCUUCUGGCGGGGUGGUAUGAUGGCGUUUCACGACUCCACGACCUCCGCACCCCCGCCCCCUCUGUGGCAGAAUACAAAGACCCCAUCGACGCCCAGACACCCAUCUACGCCCUGCACCCCCUGGGCCACACCCGCUUCCUCGCCGGCGGCGCCCGCCACUGCAUCCUCAAGGUCUUUGAUCUGCGCAUGUCCACCACCACCACCUCCUCCCCCGGGUGGGCAACAUAUCUUACGCCGCCAGCGCGCUACCGCGCACACGGCGGCAUGGGCGGUGGGGCCGCGGCGUGGGAGAGCCCGCUGUAUUCGCUGGCGGUGGCGGCGGGGGGGAGGAGCGUGUAUGCGGGGGCGCAGGGGAGGGUGUGGGAGCUGGAUUUCUUGGGUGCUGGUGUUGGUGCUGGUGCUGGUGUGGGUGGUGGGGGGCAGAGGAGGGAUGUGGGGACGCGGUUGGGCAUGUAUGAGUUUGGCGGGAAGGGGGUGGUGUAUCGCCAGGGGCCUGAGACGGAGAUGGGCAGGACGGGGGCGGAGGGGGGGAGGCUGGAUGGGAGGUGGACGGCGGUGAAUAGAUGA